GUGGAACGGGAGAAGGUUGGAAUGAUAAUAAAGAAAGAAGCGUGAGGCUAUGUGACAGCACGUUUCAUGAUUCGAAUGAUGGAGGUAGCAAAGUUCAAAAGCUUUGCCGAUUCUCAUUAUUAUUUUUAUGCGCUUUCGAUUCCCAAACGACAAAGAAUGUUGGGUACGUCGUGCGCAAAUGCCGCGAGAAAUUGAAACUUCCGCCCGUUACAUCAAUGCUACUAACCCCAUUUGAUCGAUUUCACAAACAGAGAGCGAGGGAGAGCGAGGCUGUGAGGAACCUCUCUGGGGUUACUCCGCGUUCUUCCGAAAUCUGGAAAUCGAUUAAUUUCACGAGCGGAGCGGCUCAGCUGGUUUUUGAUCGAAAAACCUCCGAACCCAUUUCCUCUCCUUCUCUCUCUCUCUCUCUCUCUCUCUCUCUAUUUCGUUCUUAGAUUCAACCCUUUGUUCUUCUCUUCUCUCACGUGUCCGCACGUCGUUUCGUUGAAAAAAAAAUCGACCCCAAAAGGGGGAGUUCUUGAUUUCUUGAAUCAUGCUUUGAUUUGGGUUUUGGCUUGGGGGUGGGGCGUCUGUUUUUCCAUGGCUCUUUUGGUGAACGAAUAAGACCGGGCUGUGUUUUUUCCUCCUUGGUUUUGGGUAUAGGAUUGUCCGAGUUGGGUGGAUCGUUCACCGGACUCGGUAUGGCCCCGCUGAAGAAACCCAGAAGAGUUUACCAAGUUUGGAGGGGAAGUAAUAGAUUCUUCUGUGGUGGGAGAUUGAUAUUUGGGCCUGACGUAUCAUCUCUGUUUCUCUCCAUAUGCCUUAUUGCUUGUCCUGCAGUUGCUUUCUGCAUAAAGAUAUUCUUGAAGGUUUAUAAUGUGGAACCACCUGGGAAUGCUCAUUGGUAUCCUGUAUUAUUUGGUGGUCUCAGUCUCACUUUUCUGGAUUUGAUGUUUCUCUUCUUGACUUCUAGUAGAGAUCCUGGAAUACUGCCUCGAAAUUCAAGGCCUCUUGAAUCAGAUGAAUCAGAAGACAUGGCUACACCAUCCAUGGAAUGGAUCAAUGGAAGAACCCCACAUCUGAAAAUCCCUCGAACUAAAGACGUGACGGUAAAUGGUCAUGUAGUCAAAGUCAAGUACUGUGACACUUGUCUGUUUUAUCGGCCGCCUCGUGCAUCUCAUUGUUCCAUAUGCAACAAUUGUGUUCAGAGAUUUGAUCAUCACUGUCCAUGGGUUGGGCAGUGCAUUGGAAUACGUAAUUAUCGGUUCUUCUUCAUGUUCAUAACAACCUCAACUAUCUUGUGUCUAUACGUGUUGUCGUUUUCAUUGUCUGUUCUUAUUCAUCAUCAAGAAUCCUUUUUCAAGGCUGUAUCAAAAGAUAUCCUUUCAGAUAUUCUAGUAGUGUACUGCUUCAUCGCCUUUUGGUUCGUCGGUGGCCUUUCGAUAUUCCAUUCUUAUCUUGUAUGUACAAACCAGACUACCUACGAGAAUUUUCGGUAUCGGUAUGACAAGAAGGAGAAUCCAUAUAACAGGGGAAUGAUGAUAAACCUUAGGGACGUACUUUUCUCCAAGGUACCACCUUCAUCAAAUAAGUUCCGUUCUGUCAUCGAGGAUGAUCAUAUGAUGGUGGCUGUUACUCCUAAUCUUGAAGAAGGAAUUCAUAGCUCGAAGGAGAAGAUUGAUAUUGAAAGGGGAACUAAGUUUAUGGAGGAUGAGGCCUUCCCGAUCCCCGAGAUAUUGAGGAGGUUGGAAUUUGAUGAUGAUCUGGAAGAUGAUUUGAAGACUGUAGAAGGAGAAAGACCUCAUGUUGAUCCAUUAUUUACUCUCAACCAAGAAGUAGAGGAAUUUGCAAAAAGUGCCCGUGAUCGAACACCCGAUCCUCAGCUAGUAUUAUCCAUGGAAGAUAGUGAUGCAGUAGCCGUAGAAAGUUUCAUCCUUGCUGGAGUAAACCUAGAUGAGACUAAGGAUGCAGAUGACUCAGCUCAAGUUCAAGCUUCUAAGUUUUAGGCGUAAAGGUUACAUUUUCAGAGGAGGCAGGGAAGAAGCAGUAUGCAUCUGUAAAUGCUUGCUGCUUUGGUUAGAAGCUGUGAGAAAUGGCUUAAGAAAGAUAGUGAUGUACUUUAGGUGUAGAAGCUUAAUGAAUGUUGACGAAGAACAUCAAAGGCUCUAUGGUGGAUGAAGAAUUUUCUGGUUCUCUUUGUUAGAAGUGUUGGUUGCUUUGCGUUUUCAUGUAUCUAAAGUGCUAAAGAAUAAAGCUCAAAUUCCGCCUGCCAAAAUCAGGUUUUCUUGAGA